CAGCAGACGUUUCCUCCAUUCCUCAGGCAUCUUCUCACGGGCUAGAAUUCUAUUGAACAAGCUGUUCAAAAACUCCACAGCCACCUCUCCUAGAUGCUUCCAUACCUCAACAGGAAUGUCAUCGGGACCAACUGCCUUUCCAUUUUCAUCCUCUUUAAUGCCUUUCUAACAUCCCACUUACUGAUCAUUGCCACUUCCUGGUGCACCACACUUGCCUCUUCUACUCUCCCUUCUCUCUCAUUUUCCUCAUUCAUCAACUCCUCAAAGUAUUCUUUCCCUCUAGCUAGCACACUGCUGGCACCAGUCAACAUAUUUAGCCCUUCCUGACGCAACCCUCUGCUUUUAUCCAGGCUCGGGACCGGCCAACAGUUUGCACUGGCUUGUGCCCCCCAUAGGGCUUCCAAAUGUGUGUUAGCAAACUUCAUAGAUGGGAUCAAAAUUGUGGCAAUUACGUAUAAACCCUUAAACAACUUUUUUUGGGAACACUGCGGUACCAACACAUGCAGACAGAGCAUACAAUAAUGUUCUUCAUCCUCUGCAAAAAAAUUCAAAUAUUACCAUAGAUUAUUAGUCUUUGUACAUGGAAAAUGAACAGCAUGGUAGGGUCAAUGACACAUUAUGCAUUUAAAGGUCCGGUAUUUUACCAAACCAACUUUCCUAGUAUUUGGGAUGUUAUAUUGGCUCUAUGGUGCCUCAGUAAACGUGAAAUAUGAAUUCAAAUCGUCCACGCAUUCUGAGUACCAGACGUUUUUCUGUCGAGAGGCCUGAAAUCACGUCAUUUGAUUUUUUCUAGCUUAUUUACGUCAAUCGCGAAGAUCUCCGUCUACCUCUCCGCUCCCGAGCCAGCACUGUCAACAUAACAAACACGUGUGCUCUCACAAGUGGGUCUUCUACACAGACGCAACCAAUCAGAGGAAAGGGCGCGGUCUUGGCCAAAUAUGGACAAAGCGGACACAAAACUGGGUCAAACAGAAGUAGCUGUCAAAGGGGUCUUUUCUGGACACGCCCGUGACCCUAGUGAGGAUAAGCGGUACGGAAAAUGGAUGGAUGGAUGCAUUUAAUUUUGAUACGUUUCAAGUUUAAAGGAUUAAAAAGAUGGAAACGAACGUGUCGAAGAGACGAGACAACAAGAAGCCGCUCCGCGUGAAGCUAAUAAGCCUCGGGAAUGCUGAAGUUGGAAAGAGUUGCAUCAUUAAACGUUACUGUGAGAAGCGGUUUGUUCCCAAAUAUUUGGCCACUAUUGGAAUUGACUAUGGGGUCACCAAGGUGCACGUUCGUGACAGAGAAAUCAAGGUCAAUAUCUUCGACAUGGCUGGCCAUCCAUUCUUCUACGAAGUGCGGAAUGAGUUCUACAAGGACAGCCAGGGCGUGCUGCUGGUGUACGAUGUGGGUCUCCGGGACAGUUUCGAUGCCCUAGACAGCUGGCUGGGCGAAAUGAAACAGGAAAUGGGCUCUCAGGCCAACAUGGACAGCAUUGUGUUUGUGGUCUGCGCCAACAAGGUGGACCUGUUGAAGCGGCGAGUAGUGGACGAGGGGGAGGGGCGUCUGUGGGCGGAGUCGCGGGGCUUUCAUUACUUUGAGACGUCGGCACAAAGUGGAGAAGGUAUCAACGAGAUGUUCCAGGCCUUCUUCUCCUCCAUCACUGACAUGUGUGAAAAUGGCGGUAAGCGACCUGUCACGGAGGUCAGCGUAGGCUUCACCAAAGAGCAAGCAGACACUAUCAGACGUAUCAGAAACAGCAAGGACUCCUGGGAUAUGCUGGGCGUCAAACCCGGCGCCACACGGGAGGAGGUCAACAAGGCGUAUAGGAAGCUGGCGGUACUGUUACAUCCAGACAAAUGUGUGGCCCCCGGGAGCGAAGAUGCUUUCAAGGCGGUGGUGAACGCGCGCACCUCACUGCUGAAGAACAUCAAAUAACACCAACUCACAUAACGCAUCCAGUUACACUGUUCUUAAUUUAUCAGCACUUUGCGUUCCACCUCUUCUGUGCCAUGAUUACUCUCUGCCAACCCCAAUUUACGACAUCUCUCAAUGCGUGCACGUCCGUAUGCGUAACAGCUUACAUUUAACAUUGUCAUCUCACUAGUAGAAUUUCUAGUAGCAGGUUUUUUACAUUUAAAAAAUAUAUUUUUUUUAGACGUUUGUCAUUUCUUUUUGCAUUUGUAGCAUGUUUGUGAGCAUGGUGCCAUCAGUUGUGUCGGGAAAAGCAGGACAAAGGUCAGUGCUAAACUUGAUUCUGUUUACGUAAAUGCCAGUAAUAUGACAAAGUUAAAGGUCAUUUAUCCUGAAUUCAUAUAAUUUAUUAAUUAUUACAUUUGGAUAGUUACAUGGAUUAAACUCUAGCUCCAAAAUGUUUUUGUAUUCUGAUUAAAUGCAAAUGCAUUA